ACUCCUAGGAGCCGUGCUUUCCUCUCCUGCACCCUCAAUCCCCCGGUGUGCGAUCCACGGAGCCGCUCUACACCCAUCAAACUCCAGACCCUCCACCUCCAUUUACUUUUGUCUUCUAUCCCACCUCAAUAAUUUGCCCCGAAUCAACCCUUUUCCCUUGUUCCCCAAGUCUCUGAGCUUCUUCUCAUACUGUCCUGAGUUCCGCCAUCCCCAGGGGCGGUCCAAACUGCCCGGCUCCGCUUCGUUCCAACCCCGCCCCAGGCCAGCAGCCUUUAGAUCAUGCCUGGAGCUAAUCUUGGCGAGAGUCCAGAGGAAGGGGACGUGUGCAUCACUGAAGCCCUUAUCACUAAGCGGAAUUUGGCCUUCCCUCAGGAUGAGGAUCUGUCAGAGAAGAUGUUUCACACUCUUGCUGAACUGCAGACUGUCCGCCUGGACCGGGAGGGGAUUACCACCAUCAAGAACCUGGAGGGCCUCCAGAAUCUUCACAGCCUCUAUCUGCAAGCGAAUAAGAUCCAGCGAAUUGAGAACCUGGCCUGCAUCCCCUCCUUGCGAUUCCUGUCUCUGGCAGGAAACCAAAUCAGGCAGGUGGAAAACCUCCUUGUCCUCCCGUACCUCCAGUUGCUGGACCUUUCUGAGAACCUGAUAGAAACCCUGAAGCUGGAUGAGUUCCCCCAGAGCCUUCUCAUCCUCAACCUCACUGGAAACAGCUGCACCAAUCAGGAUGGCUACAGGGAGCUGGUGACAGAAGCUCUGCCACUGCUCCUGGACCUGGAUGGGCAGCGUGUGUCAGAGCGCUGGGCCUCGGACGAAGAGGAGAAAGCCUCAGGCGAUGAGGACGAGGAGUUCCCGGAGCUGAGCAGCCCAUUCUGCUCAGAGCAAGGCUUCCUCAAGGAGCUGGAGCAGGAGAUGAGCAGGCACAAGGAGCACAGGCAGCAGGCGGCCCUGAUGGAGCACCUUCUGAGGAUGGAGACACAGCCGGUGCUCACUGACCUCCCCAUGCUGCCUGGGGGGCCCAUGGCUGGGGACAGCAGCCCUUCUGGCAUUCCCAGGGAGGGGAAGGAGACACCCCCCAAGCCUGCCUCCUUACCCCAAGUCUCCUCUGCCACCAAGAAACCGUGCCCUCCGGUUCCCAGGGGCCAGCACAGCACUGUCCAGGCAAGGAAGGGGCCCAGAGCAGCCACAGCCCCUAAGGCCCCUCUGCCCGGAGCCACCAGCACAACCAAAACUAUGACCAAAAGAAUCAAGAAAUGAAGCGCAGCCCAUCCCUAUCAGCAAAGCCGCAGGCACAAGGAAUGGGGCGAACAAGGAGUGGGUGGGCCCCUCGUUCUCAGAGCCCUCACCUGUGGCAGGAGCCUAGCCCCAAUAAAGUGUCUCCAGGCCCUGAA